GCAGCUGUUGUUUGUGUGUAGGGUUUUAGCCUAUUUUCGUAUCGCCGUUAAUACACCGACGAUGUUCCUAUUCCGCUUCCUCAUCCUCCGCUCCCUCAGCCGCCACUGUCCGAGACCCAGUGCCCCUCUUCCCCUCUCCCACUUCCUCCACAAUGUAGCGCUUAACCCUACCUCUGAAAACCCAAUCCAGAAUCUUCCCCCUCCCCCUCCCCAACGCUCCUACGCCUUCAAUUCAGCAGAAGAAGCUGCCGCAGAGCGCCGCCGCCGCAAGCGUCGUUUGCGGAUUGAGCCCCCAAUACAUGCCCUCCGUGCCUCUGCCCCCUCUUCCCCUCCCACUCGGGACCCUAAUGCCCCAAGACUUCCAGACAGCACCUCUGCCCUCGUUGGCCAUCGCCUUAACCUUCACAACCGUGUUCAAUCCCUUAUCCGCGCCUCUGACCUAGACGCCGCCUCUCUCCUUGCUCGCUCCUCCGUUUUCUCCUCUACUCGUCCCACCGUUUUCACUUGUAACGCUAUCAUCGCCGCCAUGUACCGGAACAAACGCUUCAACGAGGCAAUCGCUCUUUUUCAUUACUUCUUCAAGCAAUCUGAUAUUGUUCCAAAUGUUGUUUCUUACAACAAUUUGAUUAAUACCCAUUGCGAUAGGGGUGAAGUCGAUACUGCUAUCCAAGUUUACCACGAGAUUUUGGAGAGGGCACCCUUUAGCCCCUCGCCUGUGACGUACAGGCACUUGACCAAGGGCUUGAUCGAUGCUGGGAGGAUUGGGGAAGCCAUGGAUCUGUUACGGGAGAUGUUGAAUAAAGGGCACGGUGCAGAUUCUUUGGUUUUCAACAACCUCAUAUGCGGGUUUCUGAAUUUGGGAAAUUUGGACAAGGCCAAUGAGUUGUUUGAUGAACUGAAAGAGCGUUGCUUGGUUUAUGAUGGAGUUGUCAAUGCUACGUUUAUGAAGUGGUGGUUUAAACAGGGGAAGGAUAAGGAGGCCAUGGAGUCGUAUAAGUCGUUGUUGGAUAGGAAAUUUAAGAUGCCUCCUCCCACUUGUAAUGCCCUUUUGGAGGUUUUACUCAAACAUGGGAAGAACAAAGAAGCUUGGGCCUUGUUUGAAAAUAUGUUGGAUAAUCAUACCCCUCCUAACUCGCAGGCGGUGAAUUCGGAUACCUUUAAUAUCAUGGUGAACGAGUGUUUUAAGUUGGGGAACUUUGAGGAGGCAAUUAAAACUUUCAAGAAGGUAGGAACGAAGCCGGGAUCCAAGCCUUUUGCUAUGGACACUGCUGCUGGUUAUAAUAAUAUCAUUGCCAGGUUUUGUGAGCGUGGAAUGCUAUAUGAGGCGGACAAGUUUUUUCAAGAACUGUGUGGGAAGUCUCUGACACCAGAUGUUCCAAUGUAUAGAACCAUGAUUGAUGCAUACUUGAAAGCGGAGCGGGUUGAUGAUGCUCUACGGUCUUUUACCAAGAUGGUUGAGUCCGGUUUGAGGGUGAUUGCCGGUCUUGGAACCAGGGUUUUCAGUGAAUUUCUAAAGAAUGGUAAGAACAUGGAAGUUGCUGCACUUUUGAUGAAAAUGGAAGAGAAAGAUCCUAAACCGGAUGCCUCUAUUUAUGAUGUUGUAGUCAGAGGGCUUUGCAAUGCUGAUGAGCUAGACAAAAGCCUCGAUGUACUGGACCAGAUGAUGAGAUAUUCAAUCGGUGUUACCCCUGCAUUGCAGGAGUUUGUGCGUGUAGCUUUUGGAAAAGUUGGGAGGAAUGAAGAUAUUGAUAGAGUUUUAAAUGAAAAUAGGUGGAGAUUCACUGGGCGUCAACCUCGAUCUUUUGGACAGUCGCCACAGUCACCUUCUGGACCUGCUGAGAUAGGUGGAUGGCAGUCAUCAGGUUCUCCACAGAUGGGAGGAGGACAGCAAUAUUCUGGACCUCCUCCAAUACCAAAACAACACUCAUGGUGAUGGGAUUAACUUUGAUAUUGAUGCAGGGGGUGAAUGCAAGGUUUCAUUCAGUUUCACAACUAAAAAUCAACACUCAUCUCUUUCCUGCAUCUAUUUUUAUUGUGGUUUAGCUAUUCUUGUACUUGAGGAUAUCUCACACAUAUAUUUGAAAGUUUGAUACAUGGCUUAAUGUCAU